AAGAAAGCUAAGAGAUUUUCCUGACGGAAGUUCAGCGAUUAUCCUGAAAUUGUUUUCUGAAGUUCCUGCGGGCUUCAAAGUUUAAAGAUUGGUUGAUUGUCUUUACAUGUACCUUUUCUAAUCAUGUAAUGCAUUUAUACCUUUUUUUUGUAACUACAAAGCAGCAGCAGCAGCAUCGGCUAGAGUUUUAUCGAACGCACCUCAAUACUAGUACUUCGUAUCUCGCAUCGAUCGACUGCUAAUUCAAUGCUUAGCUUCCUAUAGAUUUAAUAAACGAUGACAGGGUAUGAAGCAAAUUCCUAUAUAUCUUCGGGGAAAAUCAUGGCCGGAAUGAUCUCACAAGUCAUAUAGCAACUACAAUUCCAAAGGCUCCCAUGAAAAGUAGCUGCCUACAGGAUAUCGUGCUUUGCUGAUUUUGCUAGAAUGAGUUUUCACCAAAUGCGUGCCUUGUUAUUCUUUGACUUCAUUUAUUUUUUAUUUUAUAAUUAAUCAUGCUUCUGCUUGGAUCGCCUGUAGCUUAUCAAAAUGUUUUGUCUCCGAUGUUGUGCUUCUUACAAGUGUGAAGACAAGCAUCAAUCAAGAAAUGGUUUUAAAAAAAAAAAAGGUGGCAGAGACAAUAGGAGAGAGAGAGAGAGAGAAGUCCACCUUUGUAGGAGGUUUACAGGUAUCUACCAUGCAACCCCUUUUCCUUCUCUUUUCUUUGAGAUCCUACCCAUCUUCUUCAUUCAGGUAAUUUUUUUUCCAGUUUGUAAUAUCAUUCUCCAUUCACUGGAAUUGCAAAGUUUGCGACAAAAAAAAAACACAUCAUGAAAUUACAGGGGGGUCAAUAGAAGGAAAUGUUAGAAAUUAAAUGUCAUAAUUCCAUAAGAUCUGAUCAUAGGAAAUGAGAAAUAGUGAGGCCUCUAAAUUGGAGUCGUUUUGAAGACAUGAAGGUGCAUGCUUGAAGGAGAAUAUUUAUGAUCAUGCUUUGUCGGAGCAGCCUAAUAAUACUAUACUACAAAAAAUAAACAUUCUUGUUCUGUUUUGUUAUAGUUCUUAUGUUAGAAUAUAUGUUGUGAUUCAUCUCUUGAUUGCUUCUGAUCCUGUCAUUAAUAUUUUCAGGGAUCCUAAAAUCUUGAGACGAGCAGUCUGGGGGAUUCGUGGAGUUUCCGGCGUGUAACGCUAAAUAACCUUUUGGCCGGAAGUUCUUCAUGAGAUAAAGAAAAAAAGAAGAAUGUCUUCAACCCCUGAUGCUCCCUCGCCAGAUUCUGGCUCCCCCCCUCCUCCACCAGCGUCACCACCACCUGAGAAUUCAACAUCUGCACCCCCACCUCAAUCGGAUACUCCACCACCAGAUACAUCAUCUCCUCCUCCGCCAUCUCCACCACCUCCACCAGCGUCACCACCACCUGAGAAUUCAACAUCUGCACCCCCACCUCAAUUGGAUACUCCACCACCAGAUACAUCAUCUCCUCCUCCGCCACCUCCACCGCCAACUAGUGAUUCUCGUUCUCCACCAUCUCCACCCCCUCCUAAUCACAGAGGAGAUGCUUCGCCACCUCCUCCACCCCCUCCUAAACACAGAGAAGAUGCUUCGCCACCUCCUCCACCAAGUUCAGAAAACUCACAACCAGCACCUCCAGAUUCAUCAAAUAAUGGUGGAGGACUUACUUCAGAUCAGAUUAAAAUUGUAGUUGGGGUGGCAGUUGGUUUCGGUAUAUUCCUUAUUGCCUUGAUUUUCAUCUGUGCAUACUGUUCGCGCAAGAAGAAAAGAAAAAAUAGGCAUUAUUAUGGAGAAAAUCCUCAAGGAGGGAGUGAACAAUUUUCUUAUAACUACAGCGCACAGCAAUCAAACUGGCAAAAUGGUCCCCCAAAAGAACAUGUUGUGAAGCUAUCCCAAUCACCAGGUGCAAUGGGGUCUCCCUGGCUUGCACAACCUCCACCUCCACCGAUGGAGAACAGUGAUGAUAUGAGCUCCAUUAAUUCUGGCCCAUACCGCCCCCCCUUGCCGCCUCCGCCACCAAAUAUUGCUCUUGGUUUCAACAAAAGUACCUUCACAUAUGAUGAACUAGCAGCAGCUACAGGUGGAUUUGAUCAAGCCAAUUUAUUAGGUCAAGGUGGGUUCGGUUAUGUGCACAAAGGUGUGCUGCCUAAUGGGAACGAGAUUGCAGUUAAGAGCUUAAAGGCAGGUACUGGACAGGGUGAACGAGAAUUCCAGGCUGAAGUUGAUAUCAUUAGUCGUGUCCAUCAUCGCCAUCUUGUAUCACUUGUUGGUUAUUGUAUUGCUGGAGGGCAAAGAAUGUUGGUCUAUGAGUUUGUUCCCAACAAGACCUUGGAACAUCACCUUCAUGGAAAAGGUCUUCCAGUCAUGGAGUGGCCGACUAGGCUCCGUAUUGCAUUAGGUUCUGCCAAAGGGCUUGCUUACCUUCAUGAAGAUUGCCAUCCUCGGAUUAUCCACCGUGAUAUUAAAGCUGCCAAUAUUCUUAUUGACAACAACUUUGAAGCUAUGGUUGCUGAUUUCGGAUUGGCUAAGCUGUCUUCUGACAAUUAUACGCAUGUAUCUACCCGUGUCAUGGGUACUUUCGGGUAUUUGGCUCCUGAGUAUGCAGCAAGCGGCAAGCUGACUGAGAAAUCUGAUGUUUUCUCGUAUGGAGUCAUGCUCUUGGAACUCAUAACCGGGAAGAAACCUGUUGAUCCUUCAAGUGCAAUGGAAGAUAGCUUGGUGGACUGGGCUCGACCACUUACGAUUUCUACUUUGGAGACUGGCAACUUCAUUGAGUUGGUCGAUCCAAUGUUGGAGAGCAAGUACAACCAUCAAGAGAUGCAAAGAAUGAUAGCUUGUGCUGCGGCCAGCAUUCGCCAUUCUGCUAGAAAGCGCCCAAAAAUGAGCCAGAUAGUACGUGCAUUAGAAGGAGAUGUAUUACUGGAUGUCUUAAAUGAGGGUACGAGGACUGGCCAGAGCCCGAUGUUUUCCAGCUCGAACGGAAGCUCAGACUACGAUACAAAUUCGUAUCAUGCAGAUAUGAAAAGGUUCAGGCAGGUGGCGUUAGGUAGUCAGGAAUUUGGGAGCAGUGAGCAUGGAACAUCAAGCAAUGACUCCCGAGAAAUGGACCCUUCAGCGAUCCACAGGAAUUAUCGAUGAAACAGCCAGUCUAAUUACUAAACACAAAAAUGUACAAAAAGCUUAAAUGCCUAAAAGCCAAUUUAUGAGCCAUUUUUGGUGGUCAAGAACAGACAACGAUCGCAGACAUACAAAUAUAAAUGGUCAUUAAUUAUUUUUCUUUCAAGUGGUUCUGUUGAUUUGAAACUAGUUACUUGGUGUCUUUUUCAAGGGUUAACUCUAGAGAGGAGAGACCAAGUAUUUAGAUGGUACUAAUGAUUCUUGCUAUCUAUGUGAAAAAUGUAGAUGGCACUCACCAAGAAACCCUAAUUUUUUG